AUGGACUAUCCUACAAAAUGUCAUCUGAUUAAACUGGUCGAAGAAGAGGAAUCGAUUUGGAAUACCGGUAUUGAAGACUAUGCCCGUCUAGAUAAGAAGAACGAAAGUUGGAAUAGAAUCUACAAAGAAAUGACCGAGAACUAUAAUUUCAGUGGGAGCAUGCUCGAGCUGAAAACAACAUGGAAAAAUCUCAGAGAUCAGUGGCGAAAGAAUUCACUCAAUAAGGCACCAGGUAGUUGUAAGUCGUGGACGUUCGAGAAGCAUCUUCUUUUUCUGGCCACCGCACAAAAUGAAGCGAACAGGAAAGAGUCCGCAGUGAGGCGAUGGCUUGCUACAGUGUUCGGGGACACAGUGCCAGCGACGUCGAAAAACGUAGCAAAUAACAAAUCUGCUUUACGUAUGGAUGUUACGAUGAAAAAGGAGUUCAUUGCACUUAUCAAACAAGAGGAACUUCUAUGGAAUUCGGAAUGCAAGGACUACUACCGAUUGGACAAAAAGAACCUUAGCUGGUCUAGGAUUUUGACCAAAUUGGAGAAAAAGGGUUUCCGCGGUGGAUUACUGGAACUGAAGGCAGCAUGGAAGGUUUUGCGCGAUACAAAGCGAAGAACGUCUAUGCAACCAAACGCCUCAGGAAAAACAUGGAUUUAUGAAAAGGAUCUAGAGUUUCUGAAUGAUGCUUCAAAGAGCGAAUCUGUCCAGUUUUCACCACAUGUUGAGAAUGACUCUAAACUUCAUAGCUUGGUCGAUAGUCCGCGAAGUUCUGUCACCGCUGAUGAUAUGAUCGAGGAAGCAACGAGCAUUGCCGCAUCCGAUGAAGGGAAUGAGGGUUAUUUCGUUCCAGUAUCUGAAGCACAGGAGAGCGGAACUGCAUUAAAUGAUGCAGAGUCAUCACGAAAAAGAAGUUACGGUGGUGGUUUAGCCGCGAAACGUCGAAAAAUGGAAUGCUUUCAUGAAGGCCUCGAUAUGAUUCGAGAAAUUACGGUUGCCUUGAGAGAGAGGUUAUCAUCUGUAAGAAUGGAUAAGUUUGAUAGAUACGGCGCCUUUAUUGCAUCCUCCUUGAGAGAAAUGUCUGAGCCUGUGGCGAAGCGAAAAAUGGCUGAGCUCAUGGACUGUCUCCUGAAUCAAGGAAAUCGGACAUAG